AUGAACUCCAGGUCCAACAGAGCCACUCUACCUACGAUCACGGAAUCUCACCUUGAAGCAACAGCCAUGCAAGUCAAUGGACCUAGUGGACCAUUUCGUCCAGACAUUCACAACAAGUCCCGCAAAGACAACAAGCCAACCUCUCCUCCAGCAGCACACUCCUCUCCAAUCACUACUACCCCUGCCAACACCACCAAGAAGAAGAAGAAAAAGAAGAAGAAGCAACAAUCCAAGGAACAACAACUAGCACCGCAACAGCCUGUCACCUCUCCACCCACCAUUCCUAGUACCCAACAAUCCAAACAAGACCAGUCCAUCAUUGCAAGAGCCUACCACCGAUACCAUGCCCACCGAGCCAACCUUAAUGUGUGCCUAGCGAGACGACAACACCUGGAAGCACUAGCCAAAGAAUACCAUAGACGAGACCACCUCGAGGAACAGCACCGGGCCCAAUCCAUCAUUGCCAGGAACUACAAGAAGUACAAAGCAGGCAAACAGGUGAUGCAAUUCAUGGUGGAUCAACAGAACCUGCUUGAACAACAGCAGCAACAACAGCAACAACAACCACUGCAACGACCUAAGUUUCCACCGUGGCAUGAGCUCCUCAAUCCACACACAGGCCGCAUAUACUACAGCAGAGCGUCCAAUGACCUCAUGUAUGGCUGGAGCGAGAUCUAUGAUCCAUACACUCGACAAAUAGUAUAUGACCAUGUUCAAGGCAUGACAACACUAUGA